CACCACUGUACAAACGUCAAAAUCUGUGGUCAAAAUCUAUAAUCCAAAAAUCUUGCCAAAAAUCAAUACAAUAUUUUGAAAAACAGCAAAACCAGCAAAAGCAAAAGCAAACCUGUGGUCGUAGACGGAAUCGAAAAGGCGUUAAAAUGAUCGAUAUGUUUUUAUUUGCUAGUUUUAAAACAUUAUCUCAAAAUAAUAACGAUAGUAUGGGUGCGGCAUAAUUUCCAAUAAAGUAUUUUUGUACACAGAAAUACAUGCUAUCUAUUUAUGAAAAAUAUCACAAUGUUAGGGCGCAAACAAAGCCUAAAAGGCGAGCCAGUGUUAGCAGAUUACGGCCCAGAGGAAUCUCUUAAUGAAAGUGCCGACAUUGAAUGGGUUAACAAGCAAUGGGUUAGAAGAAUUUUACGUUUUUGUGCUCUACUUAGUUUGCUAUCAGUUUCACUAAACACACCAAAGUCAUUUGAGAAAUAUCCAUACCUUCAGACAGUCACAUUUGCAGUGGAUUGUUGUGUAACCCUCUUGUUUACAGCUGAAAUGAUUGCAAAAAUGCAUAUAAGAGGAAUUCUUAAGUACUCAAAAUAUAGAAAAGUGCUUAAUUAUUAUAAAAUUGUAAUUGCUUGUCAGGGAGAUGUUGCAUACUUGAAAGAUCACUGGUGCCAAUUUGAUGCCUCCAUGGUAUUUUUUCUUUGGGUAUCUGUUUUACUCCAAAUGUUCGAGCUGACUGGAAUUGUGCCCAGAUACAGUUACUUAAGUAUUUUAAGAGCACCUAGACCCCUUAUAAUGAUUAGAUUUUUAAGGGUAUUUUUGAAAUUCUCUAUGCCAAAAUCUAGAAUAAACCAAAUAUUCAAGAGAUCAAGCCAGCAGAUCUACAAUGUGACAUUAUUUUUUCUCUUCUUUAUGUCAUUGUACAGUUUGCUGGGUGUGCAAUUUUUUGGAGAAUUGACCCAUCAUUGUGUUAGAAACAACACAGAUCCAAAUGAAAUCACAAUAAACUCAUUGGCUAUACCUGAUACCUUUUGUUCACCUGAGCCAAAUUCAGGCUACCAAUGUCCUGCCGGAAUGAAAUGUAUGAAGCUAAACUUGUCAAAAUACAUAAUGGGUUUCAAUGGCUUUGAGGAAUUUGCAACAAGUUUAUUUACCGUGUAUCAAGCAUCAUCUCAGGAAGGCUGGGUGUUCAUAAUGUAUAGAGCUAUUGAUUCAUUGCCAGCUUGGAGAUCUGCUCUUUAUUUUAGUACAAUGAUUUUCUUUCUGGCCUGGCUUGUGAAAAAUGUGUUCAUAGCAGUUAUCACUGAAACAUUCAAUGAAAUAAGAGUGCAAUUCCAACAAAUGUGGGGUGUUAGGAAUCCAAUAACAAAAGGCAGCACAACACAGUUUUUUACCGGUGAUGACAAUGGUUGGAAACUAGUGACUAUUGAUGAGAACAAACAUUCUGGAAGUGCACCCAAUAUUUUUCAUAAAACGCUGCGCUCAGCGUACUUUCGACUUAUUGUUAUGGGGGUGGUUUUGGCAAACGGAAUAAUAACAGCCACUAUGAAUUUCAAACAUGAUGAUAACCCGAGGGAGUUCUUCUAUGAGAAAUACUAUUAUAUAGAGAUCGCAUUUACAAUUUUUUUGGAUUUGGAGGCUGUGAUAAAAAUAUGGUGUCUCGGAUGGAAGGGUUACUUCAAACAUUCCGUGCACAAGUUUGAGUUGCUUCUGGCGAUCGGUACUACCAUCCAUAUUAUCCCGCAACUUUAUAUGUCUGGAUUUACUUACUUUCAGGUUCUGCGUGUUGUACGCCUUAUCAAAGCGUCACCUUUAUUGGAAGGAUUCGUCUACAAAAUCUUUGGUCCAGGCAAAAAAUUGGGCAGCCUCAUUAUAUUUACAAUGUGCUUACUUAUAAUAAGUUCUUCUAUAUCCAUGCAAAUGUUUUGCUUUCUAUGUGAAUUUACGAAGUUUGAGACAUUUCCUGAGGCCUUUAUGUCUAUGUUCCAAAUAUUGACUCAGGAAGCGUGGGUGGAGGUGAUGGACGAAACCAUGGUGCGGACGAGCCAAACUUUGACACCCCUAGUUGCGAUCUACUUCAUACUAUACCAUCUGUUUGUUACACUGAUCGUGCUGUCACUCUUCGUAGCAGUAAUUUUGGAUAAUUUGGAAUUGGAUGAAGAUAUAAAAAAGCUGAAGCAGCUUAGAUACAGACAACAGAGUGCAGAAAUAAAGGAGAGCUUGCCUUUUCGAUUGCGAAUAUUCGAGAAGUUUCCUGACAGCCCACAAAUGACGAAAUUGCAUAAAGUUCCUGGAGAUUUUAAUUUGCCUAAGGUUCGCGAGUCGUUCAUGCGGCAAUUCGUGUGCGAAGUGGACGGAGACGAGGAGGUGGGCGCCGUGGGGGUGACGGGCACGGUGGGCGUGGCCGCGCGCUCGCAGCCGGGCGACCUGUCGCGUCGCGCCUUCGAGUACAUCGGCGUGGACAAGAUCGCCUUCCCCUACCGCAAGCGCUGCCUCGUCAAGACGCUCACCGUAGCUCCGCCGUCGCAGCGGCCCAGCUCUGCGCUGCGGAGACACGUGGUCGCUUCCAUCAUCAACGAUUCAAACAACCACCGGCGCCUGGUGCUCGGGGACUCGGCCAUGCUGGCGACGGGCGGCAAGGCGGGUCUCAAGCCGCAGGGCACCGUGUCCAGCGCCAAACAGCUGCGUGUCGAUCAAAAAAAAUUCGGCUCGAGAUCCAUUCGUCGCUCGGUUCGCAGUGGCUCGAUCAAGCUGAAGCAGACGUACGAGCACCUGCUGGAGAACGGUGACAUCGGCGCCGCGUCGCGCGUCGUGCCGUCGUCGCGCGCGCGCCCGCCCUACCUCGACAUCCGCCUGCUGCAGGCCAAGCGCCAACAGGCCGAGAUGCGCCGAAACCAACGAGAGGAAGACUUGCGGGAAAAUCAUCCGCUAUUCGACACACCGCUUCUCAUAGUCCCGAGGGAAUCACGCUUUCGGAAAAUAUGUCGCGCUAUCGUAGAUGCAAGAUAUGACGCGCGUUUGAGAGAUCCUGUCACUGGGAACGAAAGAAAAGUACAUUAUAAAAGUUUCCACAACUUCCUGGGGCUCGUCACUUACUUAGACUGGGUAAUGAUCAUGGUUACCACGUUGUCGUGCCUAUCAAUGAUGUUCGAAACACCCACAUACCGAGUUAUGGAAAAUUUUGUUCUACAGAUAGCAGAAUAUGGAUUUGUGGUUUUCAUGAGUCUUGAAUUGGCACUGAAGAUAUUAGCUGAUGGGUUAUUCUUUACGCCUAAGGCAUACCUUAAAGACGCUGCUGCUGUGUUGGAUGUUUUCAUUUAUAUCGUGUCGCUCACGUUCCUGUGCUGGAUGCCGGUGCGCGUGCCGCCCGGCUCGGCGGCGCAGAUGCUGAUGAUCCUGCGCUGCGUGCGCCCGCUGCGCAUCUUCACGCUCGUGCCGCACAUGCGCAAGGUCGUGUACGAGCUCUGCCGCGGCUUCAAGGAGAUACUGCUGGUAUCGACGCUUUUGAUUUUGCUGAUGUUUGUAUUUGCUAGCUAUGGUGUUCAGUUAUAUGGAGGAAGAUUGGCCCGAUGCAAUGAUCCAACGAUCACACGUCGCGAGGACUGCGUGGGCGUGUUCAUGCGGCGCGUGUUCGUCACCAAGAUGAAGCUGCGGCCCGGCCCUAACGAGACCUUCCCCUCCAUGCUCGUACCCCGAGUCUGGGCCAAUCCAAAACGUUUCAACUUCGACAACAUCGGCGACGCACUUUUGACCCUAUUCGAAGUGCUUUCUUUCAAGGGUUGGUUAGAUGUUCGCGACGUGUUAAUAAAAGCUUUGGGUCCCGUGCAUGCUAUAUACAUACAUGUAUACAUAUUCUUGGGUUGUAUGAUUGGACUGACGCUAUUUGUUGGCGUGGUCAUUGCUAACUAUUCCGAAAAUAAGGGGACUGCUUUACUGACUGUCGAUCAGAGACGAUGGUGUGACUUAAAGAAAAGAUUGAAAAUCGCUCAGCCAUUACACCUACCUCCCCGACCCGACGGCAGGAAAGUGCGUGCGUUCGCAUACGACGUCACACAAAACUUGUCUUUCAAAAGAGUCAUCGCUAUCGUUGUACUAAUUAACAGCGGCCUGUUGGCAGUGACGUGGUCCCGCCACUCGUCGAACACCGCGCGUCUGGCGCUGACGUCGGCGCUGCUGACGCUGGUGUUCGUGGUGGAGGUGCUGCUGAAGACCAUCGCCUUCACGCCGCGUGGCUACUGGCAGAGCCGCCGCAACCGCUACGACCUGCUCGUCACCGUCGCCGGCUGCAUCUGGAUAUUCAUGCACUUCACUCUCAAGAACGAUCUAUCCUACUUCGUCGGGUUCAUGGUGGUGAUACUGCGGUUCUUCACGAUCACGGGCAAGCACACCACGCUGAAGAUGUUGAUGCUGACGGUGGGCGUGAGCGUGUGCAAGAGCUUCUUCAUCAUAUUCGGCAUGUUCCUGCUGGUGUUCUUCUACGCACUGGCCGGCACUAUUGUGUUUGGAAACGUCAAAUAUGGAGAAGGAAUCGGGAGGCGCGCGAACUUCAACUCGCCGAUCCACAGCGUAGCGAUGUUGUUCCGCAUAGUGACGGGGGAGGACUGGAACAAGAUCAUGCACGACUGCAUGGUGGCGCCGCCCUACUGCACUCCCGCCGACAACUACUGGGAGACCGACUGCGGGAACUUCACCGCCUCGCUUGCGUACUUCUGCACCUUCUACGUCAUCAUCACUUACAUCGUGCUCAACUUGCUCGUGGCUAUUAUCAUGGAAAAUUUUUCGUUAUUCUACUCAAAUGAAGAAGAUGCUUUGUUGUCGUACGCUGAUAUAAGGAAUUUCCAAAAUACUUGGAACAUAGUCGAUGUACAUCAAAAAGGAGUGAUACCAGUUCGAAAGGUGAAGUUCAUAUUGCGUUUGCUGAAGGGCCGCUUGGAGUGCGACACUCACAAGGAACGGCUCCUGUUCAAAUACAUGUGCUAUGAACUGGAAAGACUACAUAAUGGCGAAGAUGUCACGUUCCAUGACGUUAUCAAUAUGCUUUCGUAUCGGACGGUCGAUAUCCGGAAGUCAUUGCAAAUGGAGGAGUUGCUCGCGCGCGAGGAGUUCGAGUUCCUGAUAGAAGAGGAGGUUGCCAAGCAGACCAUACGCACGUGGCUCGAGGGGUGCCUCAAGAAGAUCCGUGCCAACAGCAGUAAACAACAAACAAGUCUUAUAGCUGGUCUAAGGAAGACAAACGAACAACCUGUAGAAUUCAACAGCGACAAGGAAAAGGAGAAGCAAGAAGCAGAGGCUCAGCAAGCUGCAGCUAACACGGGUCGUACUGAAAUCACUGAAUCUACAUCCCAGCCCAUUAUGUCAAUUGUGACGUCGUCGUUGGACACGCAACCAAAGCGCUCCUCCGGUAAAAGCCAGUUUAAAAGAGCUGGUCUACCUUCAGUUACUAUACCCAGGCCCGAGAGUCCAGUUAAGAAAUAUUUACAGCCAACAUUAAGUGACCCACAUCCGGCUCUCAACAAGAAAACAACCACACCGGCGGGCGCGAGUGCGGGCAGCGGCGCGGCGAAGAGCAACAGCCGCGCGCACGCGCCGCACAACAGCGCGGGCGCGCCGCACGCCGCGCUCAGCGACGUGCACUCGUGGUGGGGCGCGCGCAUCGUCGAGCACGUGCACUAGCACACAGUCAAAUCCCGGGUUGGUCCACAAAGUUAUAGUUUCCCUUUUAACAAAUUCCAAGUAGGAAGUUGUCGGUGCACUAAACUAAAUAAAUGUUGGCUAAAAUAAAAUUAAAAUAGACCCUGAUCCGCUCGUGAUAGAUUGCCGUCUCAUCUAACACUGACCUAUCCAUAUUGUAUGUUGCAACCUCAUGAUUUCCUGACUUGAUUCAACCUCAAUCAAAUGUAUUCAUUUUUGUUGUAGUAGAAUGGAAAUAUUAUAUUGAUAUGAUUGAUCGUUAAAGCCAAAAUAUAUGUGUCAAUGUAUUUUAGAUGAUUUUGUUGUCAUACAUAUUGAAACCUUUGUUGUGCAAAUAAAAGAAUUCAUUAUA